AUGGAACCAAUUACAGAUGAAAAUAUCGUUUUGGUAACUGGUGGAGCUGGAUAUAUCGGAAGUCAUACCGUUGUCGAGAUGGUAGAAGCUGGAUUCACACCGUUGAUCAUUGAUAAUCUGUCGAAUUCCUCAGUGGAAGCGGUUCGUCGUGUUGAGGAAAUCACUGGUAAGAAAAUUGAAUUUCACGAGAUGGACAUCUUGGACGAGCCAGCCAUGGAUCGAUUGUUCUCCACCAGAAGUAUUAAGCGUGUCAUUCAUUUUGCCGGUUUGAAAGCCGUCGGUGAAUCAACGUCGGUCCCUCUGAAAUACUAUGACAACAACAUCACUGGAACUGUCAACCUGCUCAAAGUGAUGGCACGUCACCACUGUAAGCAAAUUGUGUUCUCAUCGAGCGCCACCGUCUACGGUGAUGCCGUCGCGCCAAUCCGCGAGGACAGUCCACUUGGCGCCACCAACCCAUACGGACGUACUAAACUCUAUAUCGAAGGAAUCCUCGAGGAUUUGUGCUCGAGUGACCCCGAGUGGAAUUGCGUGUUGCUGCGUUACUUCAAUCCGGUUGGCGCACAUCCCUCCGGAAUGAUUGGCGAGGAUCCGCGCGACAUUCCCAACAACCUGAUGCCAUACAUCACCCAGACUGCCAUUGGCAAGCGUGCACAACUCUCGGUGUUUGGCAACGACUACAACACACCCGACGGAACAGGUGUGCGUGACUACAUUCACGUGGUCGACCUGGCCAAAGGACACAUCUCGGCACUGCGAUACCUCACCGAGAACAACAGACUUGGAUGCGUUGCAUUCAAUCUUGGAACUGGUCGUGGUUACUCAGUGUUGGAGAUGAUUGCUGCCGUCGAGAAGGCAUCGGGUGUCAAAGUGAACUACAAGAUUGUCGAGCGUAGAAAAGGUGACGUCGCCACAUCCUUUGCCGAUCCAGCCAAAGCACUCAGCAUUCUUGGUUGGAAAGCAAACUACAACCAAGAGGAUAUGUGUGAGCAUGCUUGGCGAUGGCAAUCAAAGAAUCCCAACGGAUACCUACCAGUUACAGAAUCAGAAGUUAUUCGUACCGAUAUUCCAAUGACACAUGCUUAA